AUGACGCUCCUGUUCUCGGCCUUCAGCGAGAUCCAGUGGGCCAUGCCGAGCCAGGUACUGGCUUCGUCCAACGGUCGCUUCGGCUAUGAAGCCAUGGCCGCGUUCUAUGCCUGUGCGUUCUUGGGCAGCUUUGCAGCCCCGUGCAUCAUCCGACGCGCGGGAGCCAGCAGAACGCUACUCAUGGGUGUCACUGCCUCUGGCUCCUACGUGGUUGCUCAGUCCUUGCUGGCCGAGAGGGACCUCAACAUCGACGGCAAGAUCAUGCUAUGGUCCAGUACUCUCAUUACAGGACUACUCCAAGGAGUCGUGUGGCCCGCGCAGGGGUACCUUCUAACGCACUAUGCCCCGGCGCAGCUCUUAGACUGGUACGCGGCCAUCUUUUCCUUCUGCUUCUUUGCCAACUGCUUCCUGGGGCCCGCCCUCGUCACCUUCGUCCUGAGGCAGUUCGGCCGCGAGGCGCCGGCGUACGUCCUCCUGGCGGUGCUCGGGGUCUUGUCCAUGGUGGGGCUUCCGGAACCCGGCGACACCCAAACUGCCGCUGGGGGCGACAAGACCGGUGAGACCAAGAAGCCUUCCUGGAGAGCCUCGAAGUGGAUCUUCUACAAAGAUCCGAGUGCACUGCGGUUGUGCGCGUUGGGUUUGGGGGAAGGCUUGUGCCUGAACGCGCUUGGGUCAGCCGUCUUCCCCUUGCUGGCUCAAUGGGGGCUUGUCAAACGUGAUCCUGGUGAUCUCGUCUUCCAAGAGCGCUUGCAGCUGGUAAUGCUUCUCACGGGGCUUGGCCACAUGCUUGCUGCGCUUGUCUAUGCCCCACUGGCCCAGAAGUUUGGGCGUCGCCCCAUCCUUGUCUUGCAAGCCUUCCUGCUGGUCCUUGCGGCCAUCCUUAUCUUUGCACACCAGGCCUUUCUAAAAGCUGGGAGCUCCCUGGCCAGUGCUGUUUGCGCAUGUGCCGGAUCGCUUCUGUUGGGUGUGGGUGUCAUCUUGACGCGGACGGGGAAUACCACGCUGGUCUCCUAUCGGUAUCCCGACUGUUCCGGUAGCGCCUUCGCGAUGAUGGCGGCCGUGCGGGGCAUCGCAUCCGUGGCCGGAUUCUUGGGGUUGGCCUGGCUAUCCGAGCAGGCGCAGGCUUGGACCUCCCUGUCUUCUUCACUCUUCCUGGCACUGGCGUCACUGGUAGCUGCACUGCACCAGCCCCUCUUUCUCAGGUUCUCGGACCAGGAGGAGACAUCCAAUGAAGAGCAGAAAUGUGGCCUGCUUCGCAUCGCAUUGCUGUCCAACAGGAUCGAGUUUGUCCAAGUCCUCCUCCCUUUGUUGCGGAACCAUGACUUGCAGGUGGUUAGUCUGGCGCCUGCUGUUCAAGAUCUUUGUGUUGAGGCUGGUAUUCCCUUCAAGCACUUCCCCACGUGCUCCGACGGUUUUCGGUUCGCCAGCAUCUGCAAACAGAACGCCGAGUAUCGGGAGGCAGUGGAGAGGGUCUACGAAGAAUUGAGGCAAGAGAAGCCCGACAUCUUGCUCACAGCUGGCUUCUAUGUGCUGCCAAACCAUGCCAUUUCCAUCCCAAGCAUGGCCGCAUGGAACGUCCAUCCCUCCGCGUUGCCGCUAUAUCGCGGCGGCCUGCCUCUUCAUGCCCACAUCCUCCGUGGUGAGAAGGAGAUGCCGGUCACCUUGCACCGCCUCACAGAGAUCAUCGAUGACCCUUCGACCAUCGUGGCCACCAGCGCUCCAAUCAGCCUCAGCGACAAAACGACUACGCAGGACUUGUUGGAUGCCUCGGCAGUGCCCUUGCCCGAUCUGGUACAAAAGGCCAUUGCCACACUUCCUGGAGGACAGGGAGCUGCACUCGGAAAGGUGGAAUCGAAGGCGCCGGUUCUGAUAGUGGAGGAUGACAUCCCGCACUGUUUCGGAGUAAAGCUGGAGACAAGGAUGAUUGCGGGCGAGCAGAAGAAGUCGAACUCGGGAGUCUUCGCCCGCACCCGCAUCGACUGGGACCAGGACACGGCCAUGGACAUCGAGAGGGCAUACCGUGCCUUCUUUGGGAACUUCGGCCUCUUCACAGACUACGAGGGGCUUACCUGGGAGGUGACCUCGUGCGCUUUGGGCCAUGUCUGUGACUCCGAGGUUGCGCCAGGAACGGUCCUGGAUGCCCAGGAGGCUGGAGGGCAGACGCAGCUGGAAGUCAUGGCCAAAGACGGUCGUUCCGUCAUGCUGGGCGGCCGGUUUGUCAGCACCGAAGUGGGCCAUCCGCAAGUGCAAGCACCUUUUGAUGUGAAGGUGAGCGGCGUCUUUGAAUCCACCACCCGUGUGAGCGAGUGGCUGAAGAAGCCGAACACGGAUUGGCUCCCGGGCUUCAAGAGAUAUGCUUAA